GACAAAUUCAGGCAGAUCCAACCGAGGUAGACCCGACCCGUUUCAGCAAACCCCCCAAAUCGGACCCCAUCGGGGAGAGAUUUCCAGAAGAAUGCAAAUUUCUUGAAUUGGAAGGAGAAACAGAGAUUAUGCAGUUCAGAAUUGUACAUAUUGGGAAAGAGGAAGGAAUAGCACAGAAUUAGAAAUACAGUAACUGCAGGUGACCUCAGUCUAGGUCGUCGGGGUUCACUGCAGAGAUGAACGGCGGCCCGUCUGGUUUCAACAAUGCGCCGGCGACGAGAGCUUUGGUGGUAGCUUGUGCCCUCUUCACGAUAGCUUUUGGGAUUCAAGGCCGUGCUAACAAGCUUGGAUGGUCUUAUCAGGACAUCUUCAAGAAACUCCAACUUUGGAAGCUAGUUGUAUCGGUGUUUUCCUUUUCAUCUACCCCAGAACUAGUAUUUGGAGCAUACCUUCUCUAUUACUUCCGUGUCUUUGAACGGCAAAUUGGUUCAAAUAAGUAUUCUAUAUUCAUCCUGUUCUCUGUGGUAGUUUCUUUUCUGCUAGAGGUUGUUGGAUUAAAAAUUCUCAAGGAUCCUUCAUUGAACGUACUUGCAUCUGGGCCCUACGGUUUAAUAUUUUCAUCAUUUGUACCCUUUUAUCUUGACAUACCGGUUACGACACGCUUCCGUGUGUUUAACCUCCACUUCUCUGAUAAGGUGUUUAUUUAUUUAGCCGGCCUUCAGCUUCUUUUUUCUUCCUGGAAAAGAUCAAUUCUACCUGGUGUGUGUGGAAUUCUUGCUGGUUGCUUAUAUCGAAUGAAUGUUUUUCGCAUUCGAGGGGUGAAGUUUCCAGAUUUUCUUGCUUCCUUCUUCUCUCAACUCUCUUGGUCAUCCAUACGGAGUACACCAUCAACAACACCAAGGAAUGUUUCAGGACCCACACCACUAUCCUUUGUUGGCCGCCAAAUUGGGGGUAACCAUCCUGCUCCUCCCCCUCCAUCAUCAUCUUCUGGAGCGGAGCCACCGGAGGAAUCCAUAGCCACGCUCGUAUCAAUGGGCUUCGACAGAAACUCAGCAAGGCAGGCACUGAUACGCGCCAGGAACGAUGUCAAUGCAGCCACGAACUUCCUUUUAGAAUCGCAUUGACCCAGCUGGAGGGUUCUAGAAUUGCUCACUCCUUGUAAUAUUCUGUCAAGCAAAACAAAGGGUAAACUAUUCUUCUUCUUUUCCCUUUUGCAUUUCCCUGUGUAACCUCUCAUCUUGGUUAGUGUUAGCAAUGCCUGUCUAAAGACCAGCUUGAAGAAGAAGGGGUUAGAAACCAAUACAUACAGAGAGUAUUAAUAUAUGAUCAACUUUGGAAGUUGGAGUAAUUGUGUUUGUGUAAUAUUAGAGGUGAACUUAUCUUAGCUCGAAUGAUUUUCAAGCUU